AUAACAGUAUUGCAUUGAACUUUUAAUCAACCGACCAUAAACCAUAUAUCCCUAAUUGUCAGAUGCUUUAUUCGUGAUUCGGUAAUUUAUUGUACAGACUUUGAUCUUUGGUAACUCAGCGAAGCCUUCGCAAAACGAAUAAAAUUGUUGUUUACAAUAUUUACGGUAAUAAAGUUUCGAGCGUGAACUUGGGAGAGAGAGAAAAAGAACCCGCGAGUGGCACGAGAAUAUACAAGUGUCAUUCGAAGUGCAAAUAAAAUUGUAAGUGGUUGAGAAAUUGACAGCCAAUUAAUUUGCUGGUUUCGAGAGGCUCUCGAGGGGACUUGAAGUGUAACUCGGAUAAAGUGGUGCUUCGGAAAGGCACGAUGGUAAGAAAAUAAGGUACAAGAUCUCUUAAAAGAAGACGAGAUAGCCGAGUUUGCGGAUUGUGAAUACCUCGAGGGAACAGUAAUUCAAAAUUCAAUACCAAUGAUGAGUUGCAUUGACUCUGUUCGUCGCCAUUAGACUGAAACUGAAAUGCAGUCUCAGUACGGAUAAUGAAGAGUCUUCUAGUGUUCGGCCGAUAUGGUCAUUCUAACCAGUGACUACACAUAGAAUAUUCGGGCCAAUCGAACGUCACAGGAUAAAAUUGGGAACUUGGAAACUGCGAGGGAACUCUGAGUAGACAAUAGUUUAAAGCGGUUUCCUUUCAAAAUGGAGGUUGCAGCGUCAGCGGUCCUGGAUGGGCUGAAAAACAAUCGAAUCGGAAAAUUGGCGCUAUCCCGAUUUCUCUCCCAAAGUCUAGCUCAGUUGGAAACGACGGGGAAUCCUGGGAGCAAAUCACCGGCUGGAGGCAGCGGCGGUCCGGGGGCAGGUGGUGCUCCUGGUGCCGGGGGUGCGGAACCACGAACACCGACUGCGGGGCCCCAGAACAAGCAGCUACAAAAUGUCAAAGGAGACCAUCCCUCCAUGGCGUUCCUCCAGAGCAGAUCGGUAUCCUUGGUCGACAUGUACAUCGACAAUACAGAACCGAGCGAAAACGUUGGACAGAUACAGUUCAGCCUUGAAUACGACUUCCAGAACUCGACGCUCAUGCUGCGCAUCAUACAGGGUAAAGAUCUACCGGCUAAGGACCUAUCAGGGACGUCGGACCCCUACGUUAGGGUCACGUUAUUGCCGGACAAAAAACACCGUCUGGAUACGAAGAUCAAAAGAAGAACCCUAAACCCAAAGUGGAACGAAACCUUCUACUUUGAAGGUUUCCCCAUACAGAAGCUUCAGAGCAGAGUUCUCCAUCUUCACGUAUUCGACUACGACCGAUUUUCGAGGGAUGAUUCAAUCGGUGAAAUGUUUCUUCCCCUGUGCCAGGUGGAUCUCUCGGAAAAACCAUCGUUUUGGAAAGCACUUAAACCACCGGCGAAGGACAAGUGCGGAGAGCUUCUGUGCUCGUUGUGCUAUCAUCCCAGCAAUUCGAUCCUGACGCUCGGUUUGCUUAAAGCAAGAAACCUGAAAGCGAAAGACAUCAAUGGAAAAUCUGAUCCGUACGUGAAAGUGUGGCUUCAGUUCGGCGACAAACGAAUGGAAAAGCGCAAGACGCCUAUAUUCAAGUGCACCUUGAACCCCGUGUUCAACGAGGCUUUCUCCUUCAACGUACCCUGGGAGAAAAUACGCGAAUGUUCGUUGGUCGUGAUGGUCAUGGACUUUGACAAUAUCGGGAGGAACGAACUAAUAGGCCGUAUUCAGCUAGCGGGUAAGACCGGAAGUGGAGCUACAGAGACAAAGCAUUGGCAAGACAUGAUCACGAAGCCAAGGCAAACGAUCGUUCAGUGGCACCGUCUGAAACCCGAAUAAGAUAAAUAGAAAGAGGAGAAAAAAUGCUUAUUUUCCUGUGACCUUCCGCAGCUCGCUGCAAGUCUAGCGACGACCUACUGCACCCUCCGGGUUCCCUGUCUAGCAACGUACGCACGUUGCGGACAGGCAGCAAAGUUCGAAGACCGGCCGACAUCCGGUUCAGGGUUAAGGGUCACGAAAAAGACGAGGAUGAGGAGAAGGAGGCGGAGGAGGAGAGGUAGAGAAACGGGGAUGAAGCUCAUCGAGGCAUCGUCGACGUCUUCAACGAACUGCGAAGCUACUUUAAGUUUUACUUUCAGCGUGCCCCGCUUUCCGGUUGUCUGCACGUCCUUUUCAAAUAUCAUGUAAUAUGAUUGACAUUUAUAUGUAUAUCGAAUGGAUACCUUAUAUACCUGCAGAGAAAAAAAAGAAACGCGCGUUUGACGCUACAUGACGCCUCAAGCGUUUUCUGAGCAACAUUUUACUGACGAAACUUUACAUAUAAUACAGAUUAAAAUCUAGGAUCUACUACUAUUGUACGUACAUACGUAUAUUACUAGCAAUUCCACAACGAGAAGGAUUCAAAUCUGUCGCACCUGCGAGCGCAUACCUGCGAUAAAUGACACACAGGCAACUCUGUUGCUAAAUAUGCUGACUAGAAUUGGCAUUUUGCGAAAAAUAUUAAAUUAUUUAAACGCAUAUAAAUAUACAUAUACAAUAUAUUAUAUGCAUAUUGGUGUGUAUAGGCAUAGCAUGUGUUUCAGGAAUGCGCUUGUGUAGCGCAAUGUCUCUAGCUUAUCCCAAUUUUAUUUUCAUAUAUACAGCAUCAGGUGUCAAUUGACUGGCCGAUUAGAAGUUAGCCUGAUUUUGUAUUUUGUGUAUCCGACGAGUUUUCACAAAAUUAAUGUAACAGUAUUUUGGUAAAGAUCUAUAUGAAAUCGAUAGACGAAGUGCAUGUAUGUACUGAAAAAACAUGUUCAAUUGAAAUAGGGUACUCGUAACGCGCGCGUUACUUUUUCAACCUUGACUAGAGACCCGUUUUAAAUAUAAUCACGUUUUUGAAGAUUUUUAUUUUUACUUCAUAGUAAUACAGUCUAGUGAAAAUUUGAGGAGAAAGAAGGAAAUAAUAGUAAUAAAAAUAAUAAUAAUAAUGAG